AUGGAGCGGUCGCUAUGGUUGAGGGCGACAAUUUUGAUGUGCUGUUUCUUUGUGGCCCCGGGGGUGAGAGGUAAUUAAGCACAUCUCUUGCCCUUCUCCCUCCAUCUCUUUCUCAUUUCCUCUCCUAUGUCGACUUGGGCAUAGUGCAAGUUUUUUCCAUGUUACUUCUAUGAUCAGUGACCAAGUUUUAACGGAAAAUGUUGAAUCGCGAAGAACUACCGCGGUUUAAGAUGCUCCGAGCUUUCGAUCUCUAUUCAGACUGGUGUUGUGUGGUCAAAGUAGAGAGACCUGUGCAAAGGCAUCGAACCAUAAGCUUAUCAAUUGAUCUUAGAUCUUUGAUUAUAUGUUUGAUUUCAGUAGGAAAUAGUACAAUGCUUAUGCAAAAAGUAUUUAUGUUUGGGAUAGAGGACUGACCUUCCAGAGAGCCAGCUUGACCAAAAUAAGAGAUGGAUAAUAGUCGUGAGUGCCAAACAUGAAAGUUGGGGAUUACUCAUCGUUCUGUUUCCAAUAACAUUUUAAUAAAUGCGUAAUGAAAAUAAGGUUUAAACUUUUGGGUUUGAAUGAGCUUCAGGUACUUAAGAAUCAAUCAGGAUUGCAUUGGCAACGUGAUUUAAUUUAUUUCUACCAGUUCAUUGAUGGAACAACUUGGCCAUCUUUUCGUCCAUUGAUAGUUAAGAAAAGUUGAUAUUUCUAUGCUGGGAGCUAUCUGCAACAAAAACCUUGUGUGUUCUUGUGAGGGUGGAACUACUUUUACCUCCAUGUUAUUUUAAACGAGCUGACUGCAUGUUGUAGCACAUGUUUGGGAAAAUGUGGGGGCGACAUCUGGUUGACUCCCGAUGUCAACCAGUUGUCAUAACACAUACGACCGACCUGAAUCUGGUACCUGUCUGACCACAAUGUACCUCCCUAGCUACACUAGGAUUACCCAAUACUUUCAUUUCGAUUCAUUUUAGGCAAUAUGAAAAUGAAACGAGGUUGCUUAUAACAUGACUUCUUUUCCAGAUAGAUGAGGGAAAGUAAGUGACUUCAACUUCUACAUAAAAAGCUAAAAGUGCAAAAGAAGAAUAAAUUUUCCAUGAGAAAUGGCGUGUUUUGAUAAAGGCUCAAAAUGGGAGUACAUCCCCUUUUCGGGCUUUCAUGUGCACGAUUCAAUGUCUGCACUGCACUCUUGGUGAUUAUACCCAUGAAAUACUUUCUUUGGAUUUUAAUAUUUAUGAUGUUUUUUGGUGACAGAUAUUAAAGUCAGGAAUAAGGACUAUUCAGAUAUUUACAAUCACACUCUUGCUACAAUACUUGUGGAGUAUGCCUCAGCAGUGAGUUUCUUCACAAGGCUUGGGCGCAUAUUUGCGCAUUUAUUUUUCUUUUAAUUGAUAAAUAUAGCCACAGCUUCUUUUCGUCGGACUGACUUUGUCUAAGUUUCGUUAACCCCAAUAUUAUUAUGAUAAUUUUGAUUACCCCAUAGAUAUUUACUAGUUACCAAAUAAAUUUCUGACCUAAAAUUGUACUCAGAUGUUUCCAAACUUCUCUUCCAUCUUGCAGGUGUACAUGUCAGACCUGACUGAACUGUUUACCUGGACUUGUUCGCGUUGUAAAGAUAAAACGGAGGUACCUUUUGUUUUCCUCGUUUUAAAUCGGUUAAUUUAUGAGCAACUAUCUUAUGUUUCUAUUCAGUGAUGUGCCUUUUCAAGCAAAAUAUUUUUGGUUCCCAUCUGUCUUAUGGAUUUUAUUGAUUUUUUUCUCUGGACAGGGUUUUGAAAUCAUUGAGUUGAUUGUUGAUGUUCAAAACUGUUUACAGGUAAUUUGAUUCUUGGCAUUAUUAAUGCAAACAAUAAACGCCACUCAUCAUAAUAAAUAUCCGCUUGUCAUAGUAUCUCACAUAAUUAUCCUUUCUGUUGCAGGCUUUUGUUGGAAUAGCUGAGAAUCUUAACUCUAUCGUAAUUGCAUUUAGGGGUACUCAAGAACACAGGUAGAAAUAAAGUGUUAAAUUGUUAUAUUAUCGUAAAAUGUUGAAAUAUAUCUAGCACGUGUAAAAUGGUGACAAUUUUGUAUUAAAAUAAUUUUAAUGUGAUUCUCUAUGGGAUAUUUUCAGUUUCCUUUUUGACGGCAACAACCUUUGGCAGACUAAACCAAUUCCCUUUAUUUGAUGGAAAAAUUCCUCCAAGCUGAUAGAAAGGAAUCAACAUGUCAAAAAUCACAUUCUCAAAGAACCCCCCUCCAAGACAGUCAUAAAAUUUGUAAAUAGGUUAUCUUGUCAAUCUUUCUUCCUUGUGCCCAGAUCAUCUCAAAUGACUUUCAUUUCACUUCAAUCGCGAUUAUUUCCAUUCGAUCGUCUUUGUGCAAUGGUGAUUUGAGAAAAUAUUUUCUGAUCGUGAAUAUUUUAGUUGAUCUAAAAAAUAUGGCUUUUACUUGGUAAGUUAGCACUAUGCUGCUCAACAUGAUUGGCCUGAUUAUUAAGUUGCUGAAUCCUCGUUAAAAUUUUACAUAAAAUGACGGUCACAACGGAUUCCAGAACCUGGUUAUCAUAUUCGCUACGUGUUGAUUAGAUUUGUAUACGCAGAGUGUGGACACAGAGAGAGAGAGAGAGAGAGAGAGAGAGAGAUGCGCGGCUGGCUGGUUGCCAACACCUCAAUGACAAAGAAGAAAAUGAAGGAAAUAGUAGAUGAGAGGCUUGGCUGGGACUUCCUUAAUGAAUAGUAUCUAGGCCUUUACAUCCCUAGCUACUCGGAUUUCUUUUCCUUUAGUCAGGAUUCUAGAAAGCGUCUUGUUUAUUGGAAAGAAAAGGUAUAAGCAGAAAAUUAACUAAUCUCCAGAAUGUACAUUUCAUCUUUGCAUUUUCAGGUCAGAACCAGUUUAUCUUUCUUUUAUUAUGGGGGUAAUUUAGCAUGGUUCCAACCCUUUCAACAGGAAAAAUACUUACAUCAUCGAUUUAUUUGGGAUUUAUGCAUUUAAUGCUUGGAAAAUAUUUUUGGAUAAUUGUGUGGGAUAUUUCUUUCUUUUUAACUUUCUCUUCUCAUACAGCAUACAAAAUUGGAUAGAAGACCUUUUCUGGAAACAACUUGAUCUGAACUACCCUGAUGUUUCUGAUGCUAUGGUCUGUAGCCUCUCUCGUCUCAUUCUUACUAGCACCCGUACGCACCUUUAUUAUACAUGUUCAUGUGAUCCUUUUUUUAUCCCUCUCAGGUGCACCAUGGAUUUUAUUCUGCUUAUCAUAAUACAACACUACGCCCUGGGAUUCUGACUGCUGUGCAAAGAGCCAAGAAGAUCUAUGGGAACAUUGGCAUAAUGGUUACCGGGCAUUCAAUGGGAGGAGCCAUGGCUUCCUUUUGUGCGCUUGAUCUCGCUGUAAAAAUCGCUUAACUUCCAUUCAUAUUCGAUUGUUUCUUCAUUGUUUAUCUCGUAUAUGCACUGAUUGCUUUCCUUCAAGAGCUUUGUUGCUUUCUGGAUUGGUUUAAGCAGGUGGGUUCUUAGAGUCGAUAACCAGUGGACCUCUGCACUUGAAUGGGCCCAGUUUUACUAAUUCUGGCAUAUCCAUGAAAUAUUUCUUUUCCUGGAUUAACUGCUAUCUUGAGUAUUCGCUCCAAACUGGAUCGUUACUUACUAAUUCUCUAUAGAAAACCGCGUCAUAUUCUCCUGUCUAACUCCAAUCCAUGGCCUAGGCAUCGGACGUGUUGAACCACGGCUUGUACUUUGAUGCUAGUGUUUACUUGUGCCAGCGUAUCUCGCUCUGUUUGACUUUGCCCAGCAUACGGUUGACCUUCUGUUGGUUUUUGAUUUAACGUGGCUCGGCGAUCCUUUAAACUGCACUACUCUUUUCCCGAGCCCCAGCUCAUCGUGAUGUUUCUCGCUCUCAGCUAGUGUUUAUUUGACUUUGACUUUGCCCAGCAUGCGGUUGACCUUCUGCUGGAUUUUGAUUUAACGUGGCUCUGCGAUCCUUCCUACCCAGGUCAACCUUGGUGAGGUCAACGUUCAGCUCAUGACAUUUGGACAACCACGGAUCGGCAACGGCGUUUUUGUUUCGUACUUCAAGAGACACGUACCGAAGGCUGUCAGAGUGAUCCAUGAACGUGACAUAGUCCCACACUUACCGCCCUACUACACCAUGUUCCCCCAGAAGACGUACCAUCACUUCCCGAGAGAGGUAACACCCAGCUAGCUGUUCUCGUCAAGCUGGCGGGUUCUGCUGAGUAUAUUUCAGUUGCCCUAACAAUAUACACAGCCAUAUAUUAUAAACACGUUUAAAACUUGGUGAUAAAAGAGGAAAUAAUUAUUUUUUUUAUUUUAUUCUAUUUUUGGAUCUGUCUGGAAAGAGGUAAACAGAUUUGGAAACCCUUUUUAUAUUUAUAAUAAUUUCCGCAUAUUGGUGCAUAAAUAUGUUUCAGUGUUCAUCGAGCUGGAGUUGGAAUCACAUGAUUUCCAUGUAAAUUAUUAUUGCAUCUGAUUAUUUAUUUAUAGCAAGCUGCGACAUGAUUUCAGGUGUGGCUUUACAAUAUAGGCUUCGGCAGCCUCGUCUACCGGGUGGAGAAGAUCUGCGACGGCUCCGGGGAAGACCCAUCGUGUAGCAGGUAUGGGGGAAGAAGCCCCCCGCGGCUCCUGUCUCACCUUUUCUCUCAUCUUUUCCUCCCCCGUUAUUAUCUCCCAUUAUCUUCUCUCUCAUCCUCUCCCUCCUCUGCUCUCUCUGGCUCACCUUCUCUCUCAUCUUUUCCACCCCGUUAUCAGCUGCCACUACCUUCUCUCUCAUCCUCUCUCUGUCAUCUUUCCCCACGUCUUGUCUCUCUGGCUGACCUUCUCUCUCAUCUUUUCCCCCCGGAGUUAGCUGCCAUUAUCUUCUCUCUCAUCCUCUAUUAUAUCUUUCACACCGCUUGUCUGUCUGGCUCACCUUCUCUCUCAUCUUUCCCCCCCUUAGUAGCUGCCACUAUCUUCUCUCUCAUCCUCUAUUAUAUCCUCUCUCUCAUCUUUUGUCUCUCUGGGUCAAGGUCCGUUCCCGGCACCAGCAUCGCCGACCACCUGAUGUACUUCGGCGUCGAGCUGGAGGCCGCCACGUGGGCCUCCUGUGGAAUCGUGAUGAACCCAGGAACGGUCGGCUUCCGGGCAGACACCGACGGCAACCUGGUCUUCUCCAGAGACCCUGCAGCGGCCCUCCGGCAAUACAGGGCGGCGCCCGCGGGCUCCGCCGCUACCGCCUAA